CAGAGUUCAGUCUUCCGGUGUUCAUUAUACCGCGGAGCUUAUUACAGUGAAAGUGCGAAGUUUCUGCUAUGGAUAACAAACAAGGCACCAAGGUGGUGGUCUGUGGUUGCUGAUGGGGGACACAAAGGACACCUGGAAAGUGAAGACACUUGAGGAAAUUCUACAGGAGAAAAAACGCAGAAGAGAGCUAGAGGAAAAGACGGAGCCCAAGCGCCAGAAAAAUUUUGCUCCAUGUCCUGUUCCACAGGUGGAUGAUCGGGAAGCUAAACGGGACACUCCGGAAGAAGGGGAAUUACGUGAUCAAAGGAUGGAAAUAACAAUUCAAAACUCGCCGUACACACGGGAAGGCUCGACAGAGGACAGGGGAGAGGAAGAUGAUUCACUCGCAAUCAAGCCCCCACAGCAGAUGGCCAGGAAGGACAAGUCGCACCACAGAAAGGAGGACAAGAGGAAAGACAAGAGACGUCACCGUAGCCACUCGGAUGAAGGAGACGCAAAGCACCCCAGGCCCAAAGACAAGGACAAAGACCGAGAGAGCGAGCGCAGGAAGCGGCUGUGGGAGGAGGACAAGGCCAGACGGGACUGGGAGCGGCAGAAGCGUCGGGAGCAAGCGAGGGCCCACUCGCGCAGAGAGAGAGCUGACGGGGGUUGGGAGGGUGUCUGCCGAACGCCUGACUGGAUGACUAUAUCUCCUCUGGACCACAGGGACCGCCUGGAGCAACUGGAGCGCCAGCGCGAGCGCGACCGUAAGAUCCGCGAGCAGCAACAGAAGGAGCAGCGGGACUUAAAAGAGAGAGAGAGGCGGGCGGAGGAGCGCCGCAAGGAGCGCGAGAUGCGCCGCGAAGGGCCGUCCCAGCACAGGGCCCUCCCGGAGGAGUACGAGGACAAAGCCAAGCAGAGCCACCGCAGCCGCAGCCCCAGCCGGGCCACACGGGAGCGCCCCGACCUCAGUGAGGCCCGCAAGCCCGGUGUGUCCAAGGAGGAGAAGCCAGAGGACAAAGACCCCUUGGCUGACCUGCAGGACAUCAGCGGCAGCGAGAGGAAGACCAGCACGGCAGAGUCCUCUGCCGGGUCGGGGUCCGGUUCUGAGGACGAGGACGGAGAGGAAGACGAGGGGUCUAGCAGCCAGAGUGACGAGGAGGAGGAUGAUGAUGAGGAGGAGGACAAUGGAGAGGCAGAGUCCGCCUCUGCCUCAGGAAGGUCUGAAGCGCCAAGUGCAGAAGAUGUCAGUGAAGACGAUCGGUCAGAGGAGGAGUUUGAGGAAGAGCGGGAAAACGGGACCCACAUUCCUGCAGUGCCCGAGUCCCGCUUCGACCACGACACCACGGAGGAGAGCGGCGAGGACAUGGACGAGGUGGAGGACGGAGAGGCCGUGGAGGGGGACGAGCCCACCCCAGGCUCGCACGCCCAGACCCGCUCGCCCACCCCGGAGGAGAACUACAUCCCCGACUCCCCGCCCAUCUCGCCCGUGGAGCAGAAGAAGGAGCUGCCCAAGUACCUGCCCGCGCUACAGGGCUGUCGAAGUGUUGAGGAGUUCCAGUGUCUGAACCGGAUCGAAGAGGGCACCUAUGGUGUCGUGUACAGAGCCAAAGACAAGAAGACAGAUGAAAUCGUGGCAUUGAAAAGGCUGAAGAUGGAGAAGGAGAAGGAGGGCUUCCCCAUCACCUCGCUGAGAGAAAUCAACACCAUCCUGAAGGCUCAGCACCCAAACAUCGUCACCGUCAGGGAAAUUGUGGUUGGAAGCAACAUGGACAAGAUCUACAUUGUGAUGAACUACGUGGAACAUGACCUGAAGAGUCUGAUGGAGACCAUGAAGCAGCCCUUCCUACCAGGUGAGGUGAAGACCCUGAUGAUUCAGCUGCUGAGAGGGGUCCGACAUCUCCACGACAACUGGAUCCUCCACCGCGACCUGAAGACGUCCAACCUGCUGCUCAGCCACAAGGGCAUCCUCAAGAUUGGGGACUUUGGCUUGGCGCGGGAGUACGGAUCUCCGCUGAAGCCCUACACCCCCGUGGUGGUGACCCUGUGGUACCGCUCCCCAGAGCUGCUGCUGGGGGCCAAGGAGUACUCCACCGCGGUGGACAUGUGGUCCGUGGGCUGCAUCUUCGGCGAGCUCCUUACCCAGAAGCCUCUCUUCCCGGGGAAAUCCGAAAUCGACCAAAUCAACAAGAUUUUCAAGGACCUUGGCUCGCCCAGUGAGAAGAUCUGGCCCGGCUACGGCGAGCUCCCGGCUGUGAAGAAGAUGACCUUCACCGAGUACCCGUACAACAACCUCCGCAAGCGCUUCGGAGCCCUGCUCUCGGACCAGGGCUUUGACCUCAUGAACAAGUUCCUCACCUACUGCCCCAGCAAGAGGGUCCUGUCGGACGAGGGGCUGAAGCACGAGUACUUCAAUGAGUCGCCGCUGCCCAUCGAGCCCUCCAUGUUCCCCACCUGGCCGGCCAAGAGCGAGCAGCAGCGCGUCAAGAGGGGCAGCAGCCCCCGGCCCCCUGAGGGGGGGCUGGGCUACAGCCAGCUGGGGGACGAUGACCUGAAGGACACGGGCUUCCACCUGACCACCAGUAACCAGGGGGCCUCGGCGGUCGGGCCGGGCUUCAGCCUCAAGUUCUGAGCCCAGGGACAACGCCGCGGAGAGCCUCGGGGGCAAAGCAUCAUGGGAUCUAUCGGCGUCUCGGUCUGGAAAAGCGCGGUGGCGGUCGUUUGGCACACCUCGUAGUGUUCAUAAAUGUCCCCGGCUGUCCCUCCUCAUUGCUUGGAUAGCUCCGAGAUGAGCCCUACUUAUUUUUUUAAUUAACCGUAGGCUGUUGUCUAAACUUUUCAGAAAGUUGAGAGAUCUUAUUUUUCCUGCUGUUGUAGAUGAGGGUCCGAACUCUUUUCGUCUCCUGUAGUUUGAGUUAACUUUAAUGUACUUUUUUUUUUCUUUUUUUUUUUAUCCCGUACGUGAGGACCAGAUUUUAAAAGGUUGGAAUUUCCUGACUGCUGGAGCUACUGUAUAAUGAUGUAUCAUCAAGAACGUUUUUCCACCCAACAUAAUUGUACCGAUAUUUACUUUAUGGCUGUCGGCCAUCGAGACAGUAAGACUGGACAGGGCUG